UUUGCAGGCGGUGCCAUGAUCUCCACUGUCCUCCUCCUCUGGACUGUGCCCUGCGUGGCAAACCACAUCCUCGGGGGCUUCGCCAAGGGAGCGCCACAGGAGGGUCCCCAGCUGGCGUGCAGCCUGCCAGGACCACCUGGGCCACCCGGCCCCCCCGGCGCACCUGGGGCUCCAGGGACAGUCGGCAGGAUGGGCUUCCCGGGCAAAGAUGGCAAGGAUGGCAAGGAUGGGGAUAAAGGCGAGCACGGCGAUGAAGGUCCACAAGGCAGAACAGGAAACCCCGGCAAGCCAGGACCAAAGGGGAAAGCAGGAGCUAUUGGCAAGGCAGGCCCACGAGGUCCCAAGGGUUUAAAGGGUAAUCCUGGAAAAAAUGGGGCACCAGGAAAGAAGGGGCCCAAAGGGAACAAAGGUGAGCCCGGGAUGCCAGGACCCUGCACCUGUAAUGCCAACAAAGCCAAAUCUGCCUUCUCUGUGGCAGUCUCAAAGAGCUACCCAAGGGAAAGGCUGCCCAUCAAAUUUGACAGGAUCCUGAUGAAUGAGGGAGGACAUUACAAUGCUUCCAGUGGGAAAUUUAUAUGCAGCAUCCCAGGUAUUUACUACUUCACUUAUGAUAUCACUUUGGCCAACAAACAUUUGGCCAUUGGCUUGGUCCACAACGGGCAGUACCGGAUCAAAACUUUUGAUGCCAACACAGGGAACCAUGAUGUUGCCUCUGGAUCAACCAUCCUUUCUCUGAAGCAGGAGGAUGAGGUAUGGCUGCAGAUCUUCUACUCAGAACAAAAUGGGCUCUUUUAUGAUCCCUACUGGACAGACAGCUUAUUUACUGGCUUCUUGAUAUAUCCUGAUCAAGAUUAUCUCAAUGAAAUAUAGGAUGAGAAACUCGCCUGUGGGAAAAAAUAGGAAAUGCAUGAGACCUCAGUCCAGCAAAGUGUAGCCUGUACAUGGACAUGUGUGGGAUUAUCAUACAAUUCCACAUUUUUGGCGCUAAGAGCCUGAUUGGCUAUUUAUAUUUACUUGAUGUCAUCAACUAGUCCACAGGGUCCCAGGACCAGUAGGAUUCACCUUUAAGCAGCCUCAUGAAUCUUGACAUCUCAGAGUCAUCCAUUAUGUUUUCCAUGAUAAUUCCAACACACCAUGGACAUGUAACUCAAAUACUGGUGCAGAAUGCUUUGAUUAUUAUUGUUAUUAUUAUUAAGCACAGAAACCAACCACCAUUUCCUGAAAGCUCAGCUAAGCACCACUGGUGCUGGAGACUGCAUCACUGC